AUGUCAGCUGCAGAAAUAACUGCUAAACUGAAAGAGAUGAGUGAUGCUCAGACUUUGCAUUUGCUUCAAAAGCAUUAUCGACCAGACUCGAGGUAUGCUUUUCCAGCUGUCUUCAUGAAUGGCUGUAAUCGUUCUUUUAAGUAUUCUUGGAUUGAAAAGUACCCAUGGAUUGUCUAUAGUGCAAGGCUUGAUGGUGUCUUCUGUAUUUACUGUGCCCUCUUUACAAAGGACCGUAGCAGUAGAGGCUCCCUUGUAAAUCUGCCAUUCACCAAAUGGACACGAUGUUCUCAUGUUUUCAAGGAUCAUGCGACAUCAAAAUCACACAUUAGUGCUAUUACUGAUUCUGAAAUAUUUCAAGAGAAUUUACUGCAUACAGAUAGAGCGGUACCAGUACUUCUGGAGAAGAAGAAAAUGGAGAUGAUACGUGAAAACCGAGAAAUAUUGUCAUGUAUUGUUGAGGCAAUUGUCUUGUGUGGGAGGCAGUGUAUUGCCUUAAGGGGAGAGGCAGAAGCAGAUGACCAGCCAGGAAACCCGGGAAAUAUUCUGGCAAUACUUAAGCUAAUGAGUAGAGACAAUAAAGUUCUAAACCAUCAUCUUAAGGAUGCAAGGCAAAAGAAUGGUAAAUACAUAUCUCCCGACAUUCAGAAUCAGUUGAUAAACAUAAUUGGUGAAGACAUCCUACAAGCAAAACUUAUUGAUGAAGUUAGACAAGCUAAACUCUAUUCCAUUAUGGCUGAUGAGAUAACAACGCACAACAAAGAACAGUUAUCGAUAUGCCUCAGGUUUGUUGACAAUGAAAAUAAUGUCCGUGAAGAAUUCUUGGUAUUUGUCUCUGUGAUCAGAAUUACUGGAGAAGCCUUGGCAUGUACACUGUUAACAACAUUAAGAAACGCAGGCCUACCUGUCGAAAACCUAAGAGGACAAGGUUAUGAUGGUGCUGCAUCGAUGUCUAGCAACACUGUUGGCGUUCAAGCAAGAAUACGUGAAGAAGCCCCAUUAGCAGUUUAUACACACUGUAGCAGUCACUGCCUUAAUCUAGUCCUGGCACACGCCUCUGCAUUAACACCAGUAAGGAACAUGUUGGACAAGUUAAAGGAGACAUCAUUAUUCUUCAACAGCAGUCCUAAGCGCGAGGCCCUCCUAUCGAGCAUCAUUCGGACUUGCAAUCCCCAUGAUACAUCAAGAAGGAAGUCUCUGCUAGACCUCUGCAAGACGAGAUGGGCAGAACGACACCGAGCGUACCAGCACCUCUACCAGGCAUAUAUCUACAUAGUGAAAUGUUUGGAAGUUAUCGCUCAUGGCCUGCAUAACGAUGAAGGUUUCGAUGCAGAUUUGGCUCAGAAUGGUAACUGGGAUAGAUACAGCAAGGCCAGGGCAUCAUCUCUUCUCAAUUCCCUGUGUGAUUUUCAAUUCAUCGUUACAUUUACGACCGUUUACAAACUCUUAUCUCGAUUGCAUGGCAUUACUGUUCUGCUACAAAAAGAAGCAAGUGAUAUUGUAAGUGCUGUUUCGAUGAUCGAUGGAGUAAAGGAAGAGUACAAGGAAAUAAGAAAUGAUUUCGAUAGCUACUUUGAAGGAGUGUACCAGCAUGCUGUUUCUGUAGCUGCUUCAGUUGGCACUGAACCAACAGUACCACGGGUUGCGAAAAAUCAGAUGCACCGUGACAAUGCCGUGUCAAGUAGCCCUUUGCAGUACUAUCUAAGGAAUACUGCAAUUCCAUUUAUCGAUCAUAUCAUUGCAGAACUUGAUAGCCAAUUCUCCGAUGUUUCUAAGAAGGCCUCAAAGUUAUUGGCACUUGUUCCAAGUGUGUUUCUAACCAAGGAUAUCGGCUACGAGGACAUCAAAGCUUGUGCCGAGUUGUAUGACGAUGACUUGCCUUGCCCAGAAGUUCUGGAAGAAGAAUUAAUCGGUUGGCAAAUGAAAUUUAAGAAGUUGCCAGAUUCUGCACAAAUUCCCAACAACUGUGCAGAUGCGCUUAAGCAGUGUAAUGAAAUGCAAUUUCCAAUUUUUUUUAUUCUUCUCAAGAUCGCCUGUGUCAUUCCUGUGACAUCCUGCAUUUGUGAACGUAGCUUCAGUGCCAUGAGAAGGCUCAAUAACUACACGCGGUGCAGCAUGGGUCAGGAUCGGCUAACCUCCCUUGCAAUGAUGCACAUACAUUAUGACACAGAAAUUCCAACCAGUAGUGUAAUUGACAUAUUUUGUAGGAAACAACCUAGAAGAAUGCAGUUUACUAGCAUUAUCCAUGCUUAA